AUGUCACCAAAGAAAAAAGAAAAUAAGAACGACAACAUUGUUCCGUCGUUAUCGAAUGAAGCAGGCUCCAUACAGGCAAAAAUGAAUGGUCUAAAACUUCGAGCAGCAAUCGACACAACAGUGAAAAAAAAUCUCAAAGCCGAUAAAUAUGAGGCCAGAAGGCUCAUUCGCCGGUUGAGAGAACGCAUUGUACUUAAUCAAAAUGAGGCGAAACUUGCCACGGCUUGCGUCAACACUCAGUACAAACUGUUGCAGCGUCUCUUCAUGCUUCGCGUGCACGAGUCAAAGGAGGCCAUAGCUCGAUUGAGGAAGGAGAAUUGUGACUUGAAAGCGGAGCGCGAUAAGGUGAUUUCGGCAAAAGACGAGUUAAUCAACGAAAAGGAUGAGCAAAUUGCCAAACUGGAGUCGCAUCUACAGUCACUUCAUUUUCAACUUGAACGAGUGGUACUGGAAAUGGUGGAAAAAUUGGAGAAUAGAUUAGAAGAGGACAGCUUAAAUCUAAAUGUCGUGAUAUCACCUAAAAUCACUGACAACUUUUUUUGCAUACAAAUAUCAGAAAAUGUAUUAAUUUUACUUCCAUUCCUGCAGAAAAAUUUCUGA